AUGAAUCUAGCGCGGCAUUCAAUCAGUUCCACCGCCCCUGUCCUCAUCUUCGACGCCCGCUUCGACCCCGACUGCCGCAUCUUCACCACCUCCACCAAGGCCGGCUUCGCAGUCUAUCGCACAUGGCCGCUACAACUCCUCCGGAAACGAGAGAUCACAGGCGGGACACUCUCGGCCGUCGUGCCCCUGCACACGUCGUCGCUGCUCUUCCUCGUCGGUGGCGGGCGCAGCCCGCGCUACCCGCCCAAUAAGGUCAUUCUCUGGGAUGACGCGCUCGCGCAGGAGGUCGCUGAACUGGAGUUCAGAGAGAGGGUCCGGGGCCUGGCGUGCCGCCGCGGGUGGCUCGCGGUCGCGCUGCGCCGGCGCGUCGUCGUGUUCCAGGUCGGGGAGGCGGUUGCGCGGUACGGGGAGUGGGACACUUGCGACAAUCCAAGAGGCUUGCUCACGAUCGCCACCGCUGCGUAUUCUACGUUGCUCGCGAUACCUGGCCGGCAGAUGGGACACAUCCAGCUCGUACACUUGCCCCCUUGUCCUCCCCCACAACCCAUCGGACCCCCUGCGUCCACGCCGCCCCCAAGACCACCUCCCGCACCGACAAAACACCCAGUGUCCAUUAUCGCCGCACACACGACCGCACUUAGUACCCUCUCCGUUCCCCCUUCUGGCCGGUUACUCGCCACUACCUCAUCGCGAGGCACCCUCAUCCGGAUAUGGGACACCACCACUGGGAAGCUCGUACGGGAACUCCGCAGAGGGUCGGACAAGGCCGAGAUCUACGGUGUCGCCUUCCGUCCCGACGAGCGGGAGGUAUGCGUGUGGAGUGACAAAGGCACCGUCCACGUAUUCGCUCUCACCUCCGGCUCAGGCGCCUCGAACCGGCAGUCCACCUUCUCGCCACUCGCGCCAUUUAUACCCCUGCCCAAGUAUUUCGACUCAGAGUGGUCGUACGCGCAGUACCGCAUCCCGGCGCAGUCGGCGCACAUCUCUAUUUCCGCACAGCCUGCGAAGUCACCCACGGCAGACGUUGUGGACGAGGAGAAGUGCGUCGUUGGCUGGAUACAAAUAUCCCCGGAAGACCAGGAGGAGCCCGGCCGCGCUCACCCCAUAGAAUACCAACUCGUUGCGCUAACCUAUACCGGUGGCUGGUACCGCCUCGCCCUCCCCUCGUCGUCCACCGCCGUUUCGUCUACCUCUCCCAUAGCAACAUCCUCGUCGGCCAGCGCUCGCGCGGGCACUCCGACGUUGCGAGAGCCGCUCUCGGCCUCUCCGCCGAGCGUCAGGACGAUAUCGAUGGCGCGGCCUCGGUCCGGCAGCGGGUCGUCGUUCGGGGUGCGGUCCGACAAGGGCAAGGAGCGCGAGCGCGAGAAGGAGGAGAAGCCGGGGCGGGACUGCGUCCUGCGCGAGUACCGGCGGUUCGGGCGGUGGGACGGGUGGGGCUGAGCGCGGCGGCGGGCGCACGGACUCGGACUCUGCUGCUAGUGACGACGGCGACGAUCACGACGAUUCAUGUUUAGGUUGGAUGUGUGCAUUAGGAUAUCCCGCUGCGCGUGCUUUGCUCUCGAGACGGUCGUAUGGCAUAUGUAACUCUACCACAGCUCAUCAGUUCGCAAUAGUAAUCUUGUAUAUGUACGGAAGUACCCGUGCCCCAUGCUUUCGACUCCAAAUGCAUCGCCACAAAUACCUGUCUAUCGCGCAUAGGUUUCCCCACAUAUAUGUAAUACAC